AUGAAGCUCCACCCCAAGCACGUCCUCAAGAAGCCUUACUCCUGCUCCGCCGCUGCCGCCGGCAUCGGCAUCAUUGUCCCCAAGAUCGUCAUCGUGCCCCCCGACGCCGAGCUCCAGCGCAGCAAGAUUUACUUCCUCAUGCUUCUCCCGCUCCACAGCCGCUCCAAGAAAUAG